AACUGACGUUGCGCGGCACAAGUCGUGAGUCGAGUUGACGAGAUCGAGGAUCGCGAGCAAGGAUGCAGCGUAGCGUACUCGGGGCGACGAGUCUCCAGCUGUUACAGAGACGCUUCUUCAAAAAGUACCACGUGAGGGUUAGAUUCGCGCCUAGCCCCACCGGUGACUUGCAUUUAGGAGGAUUGCGUACCGUGCUGUACAACUAUUUGUUCGCACGUAGCAACAACGGCACGUUUAUUUUGAGGAUCUAGGACACCGAUCGGACAAGAACGGUUCCCGGGGCAAUAGAGAGACUCCAGGAUGAUUUGCUAUGGGCAGGGAUUAUACCCGACGAAGAUCCUACCAGAGGUGGCCCCGUUGGCCCUUACGUGCAGUUGUCAAGGCUCGAAUUGUAUAAAGAGCAGGCGCUUAAACUCUUGGACAAUCAAUCCGCUUAUUACUGCUUUUGUACGGAGAAAAGACUGGAAUUGUUGAGGAGAGAGGCUAUAAAGUGUGGACAAGUACCUAAAUAUGACAAUAGGUGUCGACAUUUUACCAAGGAUCAAGUAAAGUAAAUGCUCUGGAAAAAUAUCACUUAUUGUAUUAGAUUUAAGUUGGUGUCCACACCGGCGGCCUUUCACGACAUAGUUUACGGCGACGUGUUGCAUGAUCUUACCAAGUCCGAGGGAGAUCCAGUUAUAAAAUCAGAUGGCUAUCCCACUUACCAUUUUGCAAAUGUAGUCGAUGACCAUUUUAUGGAAAUAUCCGUCUUACGGGGCGUUGAAUGGCAAGUUUCUACACCUAAGCAUAUUAUGCUUUACAAAGCGCUUGGCUGGAAUCCUCCCAUAUAUGGACACUUACCUUUAAUAUUAAACGCGGAUGGAUCCAAGUUGUCCAAGAGACAGGGUGACAUCAAAAUCGAGUCAUUUAGGAAACAGGGAAUUUUUCCACUAGCGUUAUUGAAUUACGUGAUAGGGGCUGGUGGUGGUUUCCACAAAGAACGAGAAAACCAACAUCUUUACAGUUAUCAAGCAUUAAUUAAACAAAUCUUCAUAAACAGGUAAUUACGACCUGGUACUUUUGUACGUCGAGUUUUCUUCACGCGGUCCGAGAAUAUAUCUUUAACAGAGAUAUGCUCACAGAUUUCAAAUAUUUCUACGUGAUAGUAACUUUGCAAUUGAAAUCAAUUGAAAAGAAAAAGCUGACGUGACAUCGCAUAAAAUUUAAAUUUAAUUUUCUCUACUUUCAUUAAUAUUACUUUUUUUCUGCAAUUAUGUUAAAUAAGUACUUUUAUAACAUACGGACUUUUCUCUUGUGUAUUUUUUUUCUACUGGCAGAUUUUGAUUUACACAAUUCUCAAUCGCGUAAAAGAAAACCUCCACAUGAAACGGAUACUCGAUGUAAUUCGAGGCACAACUGUCAUCUAUAAAACUUUUACAUAUGUAUAUGCAUAUUACGUAUAUUUACAUAUAUUCUAUUUUCCAUUCCAGUUUGAUAUUAAUAAAAUAAAAUCGAGUUCUGGCAAACUUAUGCCUGAGAAAGUAUUGGACUUGAAUAAAUUGGAAAUGGCAAAUUUACUACAAAAUGAAAACAACU